GUCACUAUGCUUUCUACGAAGUUAUUCGACCACUGUCAACAAGGCUUCGUGGUGACGAAAAUCGUCGAAAUAAUAUCCUCGUUAGCGAUUGGCAAACGGCUAUUUUAUUGAUGAUUCUGGUCGGAUUGGUGAGUUUAUCGACAGUAACGUCGGACAGCGCAGGGAUCGUGGAGAUGGUGAAUGGAUUGGCGUAUGGUGGCAUCCCAUACGGAAGCGUAACUGGCAUGGUCGCGAAGUAUCCAGGAUUUAUGAGACCGCAAAUCAAUACACUUCAAGCUCGACAAUUUAAUGGAUUCAAUUCUGUUCGACCAAAUUUCAGAACCAGUCGAUUGACGGCAGUACAGCCACAAUCUGUGAAAAUUUACAAUUAUCAUCGCAUAGAAUACUGAUCACGAUUAGUUGCAAAAUGUUAAA